AGUCAGCACAACUCCAUCUGCUUCUUGUUAUAGGGUUUAGUGAAGCUGUGAGCUACAGUCAGUGACACUGCGCGUUGGCCGGCCAGGGAGCGACUGAGCAACACACAGCCAGGCAGCGGCAGCGACAGCUAGAACAGCAUCAGCACUGACACCCAGCCCGGGAACUCCUUUCCCUUCUUUUACAGGAAAGUUGAUGUUUUGGAGCCUGACAGAGGAUAAACAUGACAACUGUAAACACAGACAUGAGGAGUCUCAACACAGACAAUGGGGAUGAGAGAUCACUGACUCCAUCCCCCCCGAACUCACCAUUACUAGGGGACAGCUGUGGUGUCGCCCCCCUGACACCCUCACCCACCCUGAGAUCGGACGGUGGCUCUCCGCACUACCAGCCAUUCCAGGUGGUCAUCGCCAUUGACUUCGGGACGACAGCCAGUGGCUAUGCAUACAGCCUGACCCACGAACCCGAGUCCAUCCACAUGAUGAGGCGGUGGGAAGGUGGAGACCCUGGCGUUGCUAACCAGAAGACCCCGACCUGCCUGCUCCUGACGCCAGCUGCACAAUUCCACAGCUUUGGUUUCGCGGCCAGAGAUUGUUACCACGACCUGGAGCCCGAGGAGGCUAAACACUGGCUCUACUUCGACAAGUUCAAAAUGAAAAUCCACAGCACCAGCGAGCUGACGAUGGACACGGAGUUGGAAGCUGUGAAUGGGAAGCGGCUCCGAGCGCUCCAGGUCUUCUCCCACGCACUCUCUUACUUCCGACACCACGCCCUGAUGGAGCUUGCCGAUCAUGCCCAGGAGCCACUAGAGGCGGAGGCUGUGCGCUGGGUGAUCACAGUCCCCGCUAUAUGGAAACAGCCGGCGAAACAGUUCAUGAGGGAAGCCGCAUACCUGGCGGGCCUGGCCUCCCGUGAGUUCGCGGAGCAGCUGUUGAUCGCCCUGGAGCCUGAGGCAGCAGCGAUUUACUGUCGAAAACUACGUCUCCACCAAUUGCAUGAGCUGAGCCCCCAGCACCCGGGGACCCGACCGGGCAAUUGCCCCAGCCCCGGCUCCAUCCACUCCAGCUUCAGACAGGCCCGGGAACAGCUGAGACGUUCUCGGCACAGCCGCACCUUCCUGGUGGAGACAGGCGUUGGCGAGCUGUGGGCGGAGAUGCAACCAGGUGACCAAUACAUUGUGGCUGACUGUGGUGGUGGCACCGUGGACCUGACGGUGCACCAGAUCGAGGAAUCACGGGGAACACUGAAAGAGCUGUACAAGGCCUCAGGGGGCCCUCACGGGGCGCUGGGUGUGGACCUGGCCUUCGAGGAUUUGCUGGGACAGAUUUUCGGCUGGGAUUUCAUUCGUUGUUUUAAGCUGAAGAGACCGGCCGCCUGGGUGGACCUGAUGAUUGCCUUUGAGGCCCGGAAACGGACAGCAUCACCCAACCGGCCCAACGCACUCAAUAUCUCCCUGCCCUUCUCCUUCAUAGACUUCUACAGGAGGCACAGAUCACAGAGCGUGGAGGCUGCCAUCAGGAGGAGCACAUGUAACGCAGUCCAAUGGUCCUCUCAGGGAAUGCUGCGUCUCUCUCCUGAGGCCAUUAACCAGCUCUUCCAGCCGACUAUCAAACAGGUGCUUCAGCACAUAGAGAACCUGAUGCGAAGACCUGAGGUCGGGGGGGUGCGGUUCCUCUUCUUGGUGGGGGGCUUUGCCGAGUCGGCGAUGCUGCAGCAGGCAGUGCAGGGGAUGCUGGGCGGCAAGUGUCGGGUUAUCAUCCCCCAGGAUGUGGGGCUGACCAUCCUGAAGGGGGCGGUGCUGUUUGGCCUGGACCCCGGGGUGGUGCGUGUGCGGCGCUCGCCCCUCACCUACGGGGUGGGGGUCCUCAACACCUUUGUGGAGGGCAAACACCCGCAGGACAAGCUGCUGGUGAAGGACGGUGUGCGCUGGUGCACUGAUGUCUUUGACAGCUUCGUGGCAGCCGAUCAGUCAGUGGCGGUAGGUGAGGUGGUUCACCGCAGCUACACUCCAGCCCGGCGUGGCCAGAGCAAGAUCCUCAUCAACAUCUACUGCAGUGCAGCCGACAGCGUGGCCUACGUCACUGAGCCGGGCGUCCGCAAGUGCGGCACCAUCAGCCUGGACCUCCCACAGGCAUCCCCUGACCAGCCCCCCACCGGCAGCUCCCGGCACCGCCGAGAGAUCAGGACCAGCAUGCAAUUUGGUGACACAGAGAUCAGAGUGACCGGCAUGGACAUGACCACCGCCCGCUCCGUCAAGGUCGCUAUCGACUUCCUCUCCAAUUAAAAGGGAGA